UGAAUGCCGUCAAGCAGAUUGCUUUCCAGUACAGUUUGCAAAAAAGUCACGUCUCUCUCUCUCUCUCGUUCGUGGUCUCUCUCUCUCUCUCUCUCUCCAUCUAUGGAGCCCUCCCUCCCUCUCUCACUCCCUGGCUGGUCCUAUCAUGAUAAUUGGUUCCAAUUUGAGAUCUUCCCAAUGACAUGAGCAAAAAAGCGGCUUCUCCGGGCUGCGGCGAGACCAUGAAAAGGAAAGCGAGCGGAUGCGGGAGCGGCCAGAGCAUCACAACGGGGGCCGCGGCCGCUAGUCACGCGAGUGGAAAAAGUAGCAAAGGCUGCUUCUCGUUCGUCUCCGCCGCUGCUGCGGGUCUGAAGCCCGGCGCGGGCAGCGCAGCCCUCAUGGACGAAGCGGAGGACGGCGAGGAGGAGCUCAAAUUCCAGCAACCUCGACUGCGCCGAGCCGGUGGAAGUGGCAGCAGCAGCAGCGGUGGGGGUGGCGGCGGCGGCGGUGGAGGCGGUAGUAUACGAAUGAAAAACUUCUCGUCGGGAGGGGGAGUCGCGUCGACGCAGAGCAAGAACUUCAACAACAACGAGCUCUGCCUAUUGCAAGGCGAGGGGACCGCACGUGCCACUUCCGUAACCACCCCAACUGCUGCGAGGUCUUGCCUGGGAGAUGGCGCCGGACGUGGAAGCGCGAACAGAGUUGGAGGCGGGGACGCGUGCACGGGCGUAGCGGUGACCGGUGUGACUACAAGUGCUUCGGGUGACGGUCGCGGGAGCGCGGCACCCAAUACUACAGACAUGAAAUGCAACAAAAACGGAGAAUGCCGGCGGGAUUCUGGCGUGACCGGGAGACAGAGCCCGGUCACAUCCAAGCAGGAGAAGCAGAGUGUCGAUGAAGUUGGAACUGGGGCUGGGAGUAAGCGACCUUCCUGCAACUCCACGGCCGCCAGUGCGGACGGCUCCACCGGCGGGUGCUUGGCACAGGGGCAGGGGGGCGAGACCGCUUGUCCCGGCAACGCUACUGCUCCGGCUGUCUCCGACAAAAAGGACUCCAAGGUCUCCUUCUCAAACGCGCCCAGUCGAAAAGCGUCUUAUGCUGUGCACGUCCCGGGCCAGACGCAGCAGCCCAGGAAUUCGGUCACGUUCCUGAAGUCCGAGGACGGGCCGCAGAUCGUGACCGAGGAUGGUGAGCCGAGAAGCAGCCAGGCUAGUUUCAUGCAGCGGCAGUUGAGCAGCAUGUUGCAGCCGGGAGUCAAUAAAUUCUCCCUGCGUAUGUUUGGAAGUCAAAAGGCGGUCGAAAGGGAACAGGAACGGGUUAAGUCCGCAGGCAAUUGGAUCAUUCACCCGUACAGCGAUUUCAGAUUCUACUGGGACUUCACCAUGCUCAUGUUCAUGGUGGGCAACCUGAUCAUCAUCCCCGUGGGCAUCACCUUCUUCAAGGAGGAGACGACCACGCCCUGGAUAAUCUUCAACGUGGUCUCCGACACCUUCUUCCUGACGGACCUGGUGCUCAACUUCCGCACGGGCAUCGUCAUCGAGGACAACGCCGACAUCGUGCUGGACCCCGACAAGAUCAAGAUGAAGUACCUGAAGACGUGGUUCAUCGUGGACUUCGUGUCCUCCAUCCCGGUGGAUUACAUCGUCCUGAUCGUGGAGAGGGGGAUGGACUCGGAGGUGUACAAGACGGCCCGAGCCCUGCGAAUCGUCCGCUUCACCAAGAUCCUCAGCCUGCUGCGCCUCCUGAGGCUCUCCCGCCUCAUCCGCUACAUACACCAGUGGGAGGAGAUCUUCCACAUGACCUAUGACCUGGCCAGCGCGGUGAUGCGCAUCUUUAACCUGAUCGGCAUGAUGCUGCUGCUGUGCCACUGGGACGGCUGCCUGCAGUUCCUGGUGCCCAUGCUGCAGGACUUCCCCGAGGACUGCUGGGUGUCGCUCAACAGGAUGGUGAACGACUCCUGGAGCGAGCUGUACUCCUUCGCCGUGUUCAAGGCCAUGAGCCACAUGCUGUGCAUCGGAUACGGCCGGCAGGCCCCGGAGAGCCUGUCGGACAUCUGGCUCACCAUGCUGAGCAUGAUCGUGGGCGCCACCUGCUACGCCGUCUUCAUCGGGCACGCCACCGCCCUCAUCCAGUCGCUGGACUCCUCCCGACGCCAGUACCAGGAAAAGUAUAAACAAGUGGAGCAGUACAUGUCCUUUCACAAACUUCCGGCCGACUUUCGCCAGAAGAUCCACGACUACUACGAGCACCGGUACCAGGGCAAGAUGUUCGACGAGGAGAGCAUCCUGGAGGAGCUGAACGAGCCGCUGAGGGAGGAAAUCGUGAACUUCAACUGCAGGAAGCUGGUGGCGUCCAUGCCCCUCUUCGCCAACGCGGAACCCAACUUCGUGACCGCCAUGCUGACCAAGCUGCGCUUCGAGGUCUUCCAGCCCCGGGACUACAUCAUCAGGGAGGGCACCAUCGGCAAGAAGAUGUACUUCAUCCAGCACGGGGUGGUGAGCGUGCUCACCAAGGGCACCAUGGGAAUGAAGCUCUCCGACGGCUCCUACUUCGGAGAGAUCUGCUUGCUGACCCGGGGGCGUCGCACGGCGAGCGUUCGGGCGGAGACGUACUGCCGCCUGUUCUCGCUGUCCGUCGACAACUUCAACGAGGUGCUGGAGGAGUACCCCAUGAUGAGACGGGCCUUCGAGACCGUGGCCAUCGACCGGCUCGACCGCAUAGGUAAGAAGAACUCCAUCCUGCAGCACAAGGUGCAGCACGACCUCAACUCGGGCGUCUUCAACAACCAGGAGAACGAGAUGAUCCAGGAGAUCGUCAAGUACGACCGGGAGAUGGUGCAGCUGGUGGACCUGCAGCGCUCGCGGGCCAUGUCCAUGACCCCACCCGCGCACGGGGGCAUCUUCGCCCCCCCCGGCCAGCCCCCCCCCGGCUCGGCCAUCGCCAGCCUCCAGCAGGCCGUGGCCAUGAGCUUCUGCCCGCAGGUGGUGAACCCGCUGGUGGGGAGCCCGCUGGUGGGGGUGCCGCUGGGGGGCGGGGCGCUGGUGGGGGCGGGGCCCGUGCCCUCCCCCCGCAUGGUGCGCAGGUUCCAGGUGGUGCAGAGCCUGUCCAGCCCAGUUUCGGCCUCCCCCCUGCAGUGCCUGCAGUUCCCCCCCGGUGCCGCCGCCUUCGCCUCCGCCAUGUCCAGCCCGCCCGUCCAGAGCCCCCUGGCGGCCGGGGGGGGGCGGACCUUCCAGUACGGCUCGGCGGGAACCUCCGGCUCCCAGCUCUCCCUGGUGCAGCACCACGCCCCCAGCCCCACCCACCGCCCCGCCCCCCUCAAGAGCCCCCACCCCCUGCAGGCUGGUGGCCUGGGUCAGGCCGGGGCCGCGCUCUCCGCCUCCCAGCUCUCCCUCCGCCAGGAGGGGGCCCCGCCCACCGCCCCAGGCCCCGCCCCUGCCAGCUCGCCCCCCUCGCCCCGCGUAUCCUUGGCCUCCACGGGACCCGCCCAAUCCCAGGCCCCUCCUGCCGUCGCCUCCUCCUCCUCCUCCUCCUCCGGACCCCCAGGGCUGAGGGGUACCCCCCAGCGCUCAUCCCUGUCCCACCAAACGGGGGCGGGGUCCUUUCCCCCCACGCCCCCCCCCUCCGAGGCUGCCCCCCAGGGCGGGAAGGGGCCCGGGACGCUGGACUCCGGCCCGUCCCGAAAGGGCUCGGCUGCCAGCCUCCCCGAAUCGGACCCGGCCAGAUCGCGGCUCUCUUCUCACUUGUGACCUCACAGAGUCCCCCGGGGGGGAGGAGCCAGCCGUCCUCCAGCCUUAAAGGAAUCCCCGCCCCCCUCCUCUUAGACCCCGCCCCCUUGACCCCUCCCAUCCCCGCCACGCCCACGGUCGUUCGAUCUGAAUGUAUUUGCGUUGCGACAGUGGCGAUGGGGGGGGGGCAUACGGAACUCAAGAGAUGUGUAUGGCUCACGGCUGGUGGGUCAAUGGAUUAAUCAGACGAAUGCGGGGGGGGGGAGGGGGGGUUUGUGCAUUGCGACUCACCUGGACACGCAAACAGGACCUCUUCUGCAGUCCCUGUGUCAGAUGCUGCCUUCCUAAUUUGUUUUUCUUUAUUGUGAAACAUAUUCAAAACGUGUAAUGUAUAACGUAGGUGUCAUAUGCUGUAUAAAACCCCAAAACGACGCGACGGGGCCUGCGCAGGGCGGCGGUGACGACGGGGAAAUUUAACGCUUCGCAAAAAGAGUUUAUUUUUCGUGUGUGUGUGGUUUUCUUGUAGAAGCUAUCUUAGGUAAAUAGCGUUAGAGUUUUACUCACAGCACUCACGCGUUUUACUCACGCGUUGGUUUGAAGAAGCAGAAAAAAACAACAACAAAAAAAACAAUACAAUGAUGUUUUAGACCGCUGGUCGAUCUUAAGUCGCUGUGUACAUAUGAAACAGGAAGGGAGAAGUAAAUACUUAGGUUUCUUUUCAUUUUCUCCAGACCAAAGUGGAGCAGGAACACAAAGUCUGGUUGUCAACUGGAGGAAAAAAAAGAAAACAGAAGAAAAAAGGCUAUUUAUUUAACUGCCUUGAUUCUUGACUUUAGAAGCCAUAUUAUUGGUUCGCGUGUGUGUGUGUGUGUGUGUGUGUAUGUUUGUGUGUGUGUAUGCAUGUGUGUUUGUAUGUUGUAUGUUUUCUCUGUUUU